AGGGGGAAAUGGAGAGAGUGAAUGGGGCUGGUAACCAAAAUCCAUCCUGAACAAUCUGCUGUGAUCCCAAACCAAUGUUUAUUGUUAUCAGAGGCAGCUGUCUGCCCUCUCUCCACACUUCUAUUUGUGGAUUUUCGAUGGCUAUAAAUGGAAACACACGCUGGCCAGAAAUCACCACAGUGCUCCUGAUACUUUUCUGUCCUGACUCCAAAAGUACAGGGAUAUCUAACAUGUAGUCGGGUUGAAUCACUUCUGCUGAGGAUAUUGGGUGAUUUUUAUUCCUCUGGGAAAUGGAGUUAGGAAAGCAUGAAAGCAAAGCCUCAGGAAGAGAAGCUUUAGAGGAAAAGCAAAUGGUCUCCUCUCAAGAAUCUGGGACCAAACCAUUGACCUUCACAUUCGUGCCAUCCAUUGGACAGCUUCCAACUCAUUUUGAGGUUGUGGAUAUCUCUAAGUUCCUUGUGACAAUUCCAGAGGAACCAAAGGAUCUGAGCAACCAAAAAAUUGUAAAUAAGUCUGACGCAGUCUCUGAUGAGCUGGUCUUAAAGAGUGGGGCCAAACAAGACCGUGUGUCCACUGUCUGUGCAGGCAGCACCCGAACGGCUUUCCAGUCCCUGGGGUGUAACACAAGCAAAGAAGAGAUGCAGGAGAAUGACCUUUUUAAGGCUGAGUUUAUCCUGAUUACGGACUCCGGUGAUGAAGAUGAAGUAGCUGCUGCCUCAAGCCACGUUCAUCAGCCUUCCAAUGGCUACAGUCCCAUCAGUGCUCAGCUGCUGACCACAUCCCCUGUUUCCCCUGGCACCGAGGCAGGGAAACCUCCUGGCGAUGGGCACCUUCCAGGUGUUGCACUUUCCCACAGUACUACUGAUCCUCAAAAACAUCAGUUAAUUUCUACUCUUUCCACCUCUGAUCAUCUUUCCUCUAAACCACCUGCUGUCCACUUAAUUUCUCCAAUUAAUCAGAAAGUAGCGUGCGGUGCCACGGUUAACAUGAAUCAAGCCUCUUCACUGGAAGAUUCCUGUAACAACUGGCAGUCAGCAACCAGGUUUUCUAAGCAAGACUCAUCUCUCUACUUUCACUCUGCUUCCCAUAGUUCAUCUCCCUCAAUGUCUAAAAUAUCCUCUUCUGCAUCAAAGAGUUGGUACUCCGCUCCUCAAUUGUCUGAUAACCUACAAACACCAAGUCUCUCUAGCCCUGACUGUGUUUGCAAAAUGGGAGGCUUCACCACAUCCUCUGUCCCAGCAAGGAGUCCAAAUCUUUCCUCCAAUACUCCAUGUUCAACUGAAAUUCAAGGAUCUUUAGCUCAGUCUCUAUCCCCCAGUUCUUCCAAAAAAUCGAAUGCUCUGUCUCCUCUCCCUGUACAUGUAAUAACACAUUCAUUAUCUCCUAGCCCUAAACCUUUGUCUCCACCCUCUCUUUAUGGGUCCUCUUCGACCAUAUGUAGUAUAAAUGAGCCUUGCACACAAACAUUAUCCAGAGGAAAUUCAACCAAGUCAGGAGUCAAAUCCUCUCUGCCAACCAGACUGACUCUCUUAACUGCUAUUCUGAGAUCAGGCUCCUCUCAACGGAGGCCACUUUCUCCUGCUUCUUGUCCCACAUUUUCCCCUAACUCCCUUAGUUCCUCAACACUUGCAAUAGAUCAAAAGUUCAAAACAAGUCCCUCAACCCCCAAGAAAUCUCUUUCAAGCCCUCCUAUAAGGCCAGAUUCCCCCAGCAAAGAGGAUUAUUGGCUUUCAGGAUGGGCUCAGCAUCUGUCUUUACCUUCCAAGCCUCAUCCCACCCCUCAAGCGAGGUCCCUUUCUCCUAAAAAGCGCCCUCCUAUUCAAUCACUUCCUCCAGACUGCCGAAAUUCUUUGUCAUCCCCUCUCUCCUCCCACAGAAGAUCAGUUGUCUCUCCAGAUUUGCAGUCUUCACUGCAUCCUCCUUGUGCCCCAGCUCCCUCUUCCUUUGCAUACCCCACCUCUCCUUCUCCAGAAGGGCUGGGCUAUUCUGCCUCCAGGUCCCGGGGACCUCAGCAGUCUCAGAGAGUGCACACUUACUCACCCAUCUUUACUUGCCGGUCAUAUCCUUUGCUUGCUUCUACCAGUCCUAGUGGUGCAUUGUCUCCCCCCCCAGAAAAACACUCAUCUCCUUCCCCGAGUUUUUUGCACUCACCUUCUAGACCUAGAUCAGAUUCAUCCCAAACACCUGUUCAGGAGAUCAGUGCCUCCUGUCCUACCCCUUCUAGCAUCUCAAAGCAGUGGUCUCCCCCACGGCCUCACUCUAUCCCACUGGUUCCAUUAACUGGUAGUAUUAAUUCCCAUCCACUACAAUUGAAUUCUUCAGUGGUGCAAGCGAAUUUUAGGUCUAACUCCUCCUCUCCAAGACCUGAGCAUUCUGCCACCUCAUCAGCGUUAAAGUGCAGAUCUCCCAUCUCAGACAAGUCAUCAGGCACACUGCCAUCAAGACCCAGAGAGCUGACUUCACCACAGUCUUUUUCCCUGCCUCCUGACCAUGAAAACAUCAAACCCAAGCAGUACAAGAUCAAGACAAGCUACAAGGCAUUUGCAGCAAUCCCUACAAACACAUUGCUUAUGGAACAGAAGGCAUUAGAAGAGCCGACCAAGCCUGCUAGUGCGACUGGAGGCACUGCUUUGGACACUCAUUCAGAGAUGUGCUCCCCUGCCCAGCUCAGACAACAAACAGAAGAGUUGUGUGCUGUCAUUGAUCAAGUCCUGCAGGACCCCUUGACUAUGCGCCGGUGUGAGUCUUCUCCAAGUUUUCUGCAGAUGAGCACAGAGUCAGAUGUUGGCAAGAUGUCAACACUGCAGAGAGCAGCUGGGCGUGAAACCAGAUAUGCCAACCUUUACAAAUCGGUGCCUAUAGUAACUGAGAGUCAGCUGACAAAACCUGGUGUUAUUCGUCCUGUGCUGGUGAAAGGAAAGAGUACACAGCAAAAGGAGGAGCCCUAUCAACCCAAUCCUUUUAAAAAGUACCUUGAAGAAAUCAGUGAUCAAAAUAUUGAGCAGCCCAGUCUUUCCAUGGUGCCUAUUCCAGAAAAUGAGAUGCUCAUCUCCAAGGAGGUUUCCAAUGAAAGAGGUUCUGUUUAGAUAUGACGCCCCAAAUGAGGAUCAAGAGCUAAAACUGAAUUUUGAAGCCUGUUUCUAUAUUAAGAAGGAAUCCACAGCACCAGUCUUAUUUAAAGCACCAUUUAAAAAAUAUUGCUUAUGGUAUGCUAGUUGCAAGGCAGUAAUAACAAUCAAAUAUUCCUCCAAGAAAUAAUCUUAUGUAUUAGCGUAAUUAACCCCAGAGACACACACAUGAAUAUGCCAUUUCUUGAAGUGCUUGCUAAUUUAAGAGAUGCCCAACAUAACACAGCAUAUUUUCUUUAGAAAUAAUAUAACUGUUGAAAUUAAAUAAAGCUGUAUUUUUGUUGCAAAA